GGCAGUGUAUAUAAGGUUAAGAGUGCCAAGCCUGGGAGCCGUCACUUCUCGACACUCCUUUCUUCAUUCAGCACCAUGCGAUUCGUCCUCCUGCUCCUCGGCGUCUCCCUGGCUCUGGCCCAGGAGGCGCCGCCGGUGAAGAUUCAUCUGUACUACGAGACGCUAUGCCCCUACAGCAUCGAAUUCGUUGUCGACCAGCUGUACCCGACCUGGAGCGUCCUCAAGGACAUCAUGGAGGUGGAGAUGUUCCCCUUCGGUAACGCUAACUACGCCGCUGACGGGGACGGCUGGAGCUUCGCCUGUCAGCACGGCGAUGAUGAGUGCCGUGGCAACAUGAUCCACGCCUGCGCCAAGGACCACUUCAACGAUAUUAACCUUGAAAUGGAGUUCGUCAAUUGUCUGCUCUCCGCCGACUACCCUCCCAACGCCGGGGCCAAGUGCGCCGCGGAGGUGGGUCAGGACUGGGCGCCGUUGGAUGCGUGCGUCAACUCCUUGGAGGGCCAGAACCUGCUGCACGCCGUGGCCUUACAGCAGGAGCAGCUCGACCCCAGCCUCUACUUCGUGCCCUGGAUCAUUGUCAACGACGUGUUCAGCGAGGACCAGGUUGGGGAGUGCCAAACGAACCUGCUGGCCGUUGUGUGCGACAGGUACACCGGUGAACCGCCCGCCGAGUGCAGCACCCACCGCGUCCAGUCCACCGCCCGCAGACCCCAGACGACGAAGCCCUAGGUCCUGCGCCCCCCGCCGCCACCAUUCCACACGCAACGUUACCAGAUUUUCGUACUUGGCACACUGUAUUCGUCAGUUUUCAGACCCCAAACUGUCUUACCCAAUUAAAGUUACUGUUAAAAAUCUUAAUUGGUAGUGUUAUGGGUCAGAAACUGGAAAAUAGAGUGUGCUGAGUACGAUAAUCUGGUAACGGUGCUCUCACGCCAAGACGACGACGCCACCCAAGGAAGACCGCUGGCGUCGCUCGAAGUCCUGCCCCUGAGCCCCAAACCACUUCGUACCGCAAGGCGGAGUGGAGGCGUAUAACAAGAGGCACAAUAAAGUUCCUAAAUGAAUGAA